AUGGACCCGCCGCCGCCUCGCGCGUCGUUCGCCCCCUCGUCGACUUCAUCUCUCGCUCCCUCAACCUCGCCAACCGCGUCCCGGUCCAAGUCGCGCUCGAUAACAGCAGCACCAGCGGGCACCUACAGCACCUCGGGCACCACGACCCGGUCCGCCAACGCCCCAGCCGCGCCCCCGACCCCCGCCGGCCCCUCCUCCUCCUCCUCGGCCGCGCUCCUCGCCGCGUCGACCGCCGCCUCGCCCCACUACACGACCUCGCUCCGCUCGCGCCACUCGCUGUACGGCACCGAGGACCGCGUCGUGCUCGACCUCGGCAGCAGCGUGUGGAAGGUCGGCUUCAGCGGCGAGUCGCAGCCCCGCGCGUGCGCGAGCGUCGUGAGCGAGCUCGCGCGCGAGAGGGCGAGGGGCCCGGCGGCGCCGGCGCCGGUGGCGAGUGCGGCCUCGAGUGCGAGGGCGGGCGCGGCGGGAGGGGAGGAGGGCGCAGCGCUGUGGGGGCUCGAGAAGGGCGAGCCGGGCGAGGUCGAGUGGAUGGUGCGGGAGGAAAGGGUCAAGCGGUUGCUGCGGCGGCUCUGGUUCGAGGACCUCAUGAUCGACCCCAAGACGCGCAAGGUCAUCGUCCUCGAGAACCCGCUCUUGCCCAACCGCGUCAAGGAGAUGAUCGCGCGCGUCCUGUUCGACAACCUCCAGGUUCCGUCGAUGGGCUUUGCGUGCUCGCCUUUGCUCGCCCUCAUGGCCGCAGGCGCCGUGUCGGGCCUCGUCGUCGACGUCGGCCACCUCGAGACGACCGUUCUCCCUAUCUUCCAUUCCCGUCCCUUAUUUCCUCUCCUCACGACCACCCCUCGCGCCGGCGCCCGCCUCACCCGCCGCCUGCGCUCCCUCCUCCUCGCGUUCGCCUCGUACUCCCCACCGCCCUCGUCCGUCAACUCGAUGACGCCGCCGACGAUCGGCCGCGUCCCGCGCGAGCUCCUCACGGACGAGCUCGUCGAGGAGAUCAAGACGCGCCUGUGCUUCGUCGGCGAGCCGCUCCCGCCGCCGGUGCAGCGCGGCGCUCGCGCCUCUUCGGCCGUCUCGGGCUCGGCCAUGAGCCUCGACGUGCCCUCAUCGCCCGCCGUCGCCGUCGGCGACUCGUCGAGCGACCCCGACGCCGCGCUCGUGCAGCACCUCGCGGCGCGGUACGCCUCGACCGCGCCGAGCACGACCGACGUCGCGUUCCGGGUGCCCACCCUGUCGCAGCCGCCGGUCGCGAGCGGCGUCGGGCGCGGGUGGGUGCAGGUGCCUGGGUGGGUGAGGGAGCGUGUGGCCGAGGUGCUGUGGGAGGAGGGAGCAGAGGAGGACGAGGGCGGGAUUGGCGAGGGCGAGGAGAGCGGGUUGGCAGGGGUCGUGCUCGACUGCUUGCUCAAGCUCCCGAUCGACUUGCGCAAACCUCUCGCAUCGUCCAUCCUCGUCUUCGGCGGCACGGCCUCGAUGCCGGGCUUCUUCCCGCGCUUCAAGGCCUCGCUCAUCGCGCAACUCGAGCGCUCGCACCCGCCGAGCCCGCCGCCGUCGCCGCCCCUCCCCUCGUCCUCGACGUCCGCCUCGAGCCCGACCGAGGACGACCCGAUGCGCUCGUCGACCUCGCCCGCCACCGACGCGCCGACGCCUGUCGCGACCGCCGCAGACCCGCAGGCGGUCGCCAAACACCGUCGCCGCCGCGCCCUCACGUUGCGGCUGCACACGCUGCGCCACUCGCCGCGCUGGGCGCCGCUCGCGCCCCUCGCGCCGCACCUCGCCAUCCUCAACCACCCCUCUCCCUCGUCUGUCUCCACCUCCACCUCCUCGUCGGCAUCGCCGCUCCUCGCCUCGUCCCUCGCCCGCGAGCGCGAGGGCUCGGCACCGGCGUUCGCGCCCGCGCUCCAGGCGUGGAUCGGCGGCUCGCUCGCUGGCGCGCUCAAGGUCGGCGGCGUCGAGGUCACCGUCCUCGACAGCCUCGACCAGUUGCCGCCGCCGCCGGGGCUCGUCUUCGAGCAGCGCCCUCCUGCAUUCGAUGGCCUCGGCGAGCCGAUCGAGGAGCUGCACUCGACGCGCUAA